AUGUUGGAAGAGAGGCCAGCUGGAGGCGAUGGCAAAGAAAGGAAGAGAGAAGAAAACAGCCACCUGGGGUACGAGCGUGGGGAGGAAGUGGAUGUAGACCCGGUGUUACCGGACGACGGAGAAGAAGCAGAGAUGGAAGAAAGAGAUUCAAGUUGCCUGAGGAAGAAGCCUCUAAGGAGGAAGAUGAAAGACAAGGAGUCAGGAAUGGCUGUUUCUCAGGCACCGUUGACCUUGGAGGACGUGGCCAUCGAGUUCUCCCAGGAGGAGUGGGCCUGCCUGGACCCUGCGCAGAGGGCCUUGUACAGGGACGUGAUGCUGGAGACCUGCAGGAACCUGCUCUCCCUGGGUGAGCAUCGCUUCCCUCCGGGAGUCGGGAUCUGCCCUUGGGUAUCUUUGCAUUUUCCCGACCUCCAGGGAGCCCUGCCCGACACUGAGUGUCUGUGGGGAGAUAAAGAGAGAGUUGACCGAGGAAUGCCUGUACCCUCUAAAGAAAAUCUCAUGAAUAAAAGAAAUGAACCUUGGGCUCGGGAUGCAGGACAGAAGCCUGUUGAAAAUAGGCUUGGGUCAAGCUUUCAAGAGAAACUGCUGAUACAUCACACGGAAGGGAAAAUUUAUGCAUGUAACGAAGCCGUGAAGUCUCUCAACAGCAGUGGCUCUUUCUCGCCCCUUGAAAGAAUCCUGUCUUGUGUCCAAGCCACCAUUUCUAAUAAGCAUGGGGACGAUCUUAGCCGUCCUUCCGCACAGAGACGGGACCUGAAUGCAUACAGCGGACAGCCUCACACAUGUAACGAGUGUGGGGAAACCUUUCCUCAGGGCUCACAGCUCAGUAAACAUCAGUUGAUCCACAGAGAAGAGAAAUCACGCACAUGUGAUGGAUGCGGCAAAGUCUUGAGUAGCAGCUGGAACCUUAAAAUGCAUCAGCGAAUUCACACUGGAGAGAAACCGUACAAAUGCAGUGACUGCGGCAAGGUCUUUAGCCAAACUUGGAACCUGAAAAUGCACCAGAGGAUUCAUACUGGAGAGAAGCCACACACAUGCGACACGUGUAGCAAGGCCUUUACGCAGCUGUGUUACCUGAAGAUUCACCAGAGAACUCACACCGGAGAGAAGCCGUACGCCUGCGACGUGUGCGGCAGAGCCUUCUCCGUGCGUUCAAACCUCACUAAUCAUCGGAUGAUCCACACCGGGGAGACACCUUUCCGGUGUAACGAAUGCGGGAAGGGCUUCGUAAAGCGCUCCUACCUGGCGGAUCAUACGCGCAUUCAUACGGGAGAGAAGCCCUACACGUGUGCGGCAUGUGGCAAGGCCUUUCGGCAAAAAUCUGGCAUCAGGAUUCACCAGAGGUUUCACGAUGGGAAGAAGCCUUUCAAAUGCAAGGACUGUGGCAAAGCCUUCGCUCAGUGUUCCACUCUCACCACACAUCAGAUCAUCCAUAAAAGAGAGAAGCCCUAUAAAUGCGAUGUGUGUGGGAAGGUCUUCAGUCAAAAAGCCCACGUGAAAGCCCAUCAGAGAAUUCACUCUGGGGAGAAACCAUACAAGUGUCAGAUGUGUGGCAAAGCCUUUAUCGGGCAGGGGAACUUGGCAUCCCAUCAGGUCAUCCACCUGGAAGAGAAGCCACACAAGUGUGACUUUUGUGGCAAGGGCUUCGGUCAGAACAUCCACCUUGUGAAUCACCGUCGAAUCCACACGGGGGAGAAACCUUACACGUGUCACGUGUGUGGUAGGGCCUUUAAUACGCAGUCCGGCCUAACUUACCAUCACGUGACCCAUACCGGAGAGAGGCCCCAUCCGUGUGACGUCUGCGGCAAGGGCUUCAGGAAGUCUCACCACCUGGUCAAUCAUAAGAGAAUCCACACCGGAGAAAAACCUUACGCAUGUAACGAGUGUGGCAAAGCGUUUCCCGUUCGGUCGACCUUGAAGCGCCAUCAGGUCAUCCACGCGGGAGGGAAACCACAUCAGUGUGAUGUGUGUGGCCAGGGCUUCGGAAAGCAAUCACACCUUGCGAAUCACUGUAGGAGUCACCGCGGAAGGAAACUGUGCACAUGAAAGACGAGGGUAGUCGACCUUAACUUCCCAACUCCUACAUUGUUUAAUUAUGACUGAUAAUGUCACACCAGGACAUCGUAG